UACUGCGGCAGCAGCCGGCUUCGCAGGAUUGUCGGAACUCCUGGUUUACCAUGGCCGGUUGCGAUGGUUGCGUCCGAUAGGAGUCCGCUAUAAGCCGACUAGGAAUGCGACCACCGUCUAACCCGAGAUGAGAGAGGAGAGGAGAGGAGAGGAGACACACACACCCAUCAGGAUACUCGGAUGAUGGGAGAUGACGAGUCGACCUCGCGGACUGAAGGGAACCAGAUUUCCACGGGUCGCGGUGCCCUUUGUCACCGUCAUCCGCGGCGCCCACCGUCGUCGCGACGCCUCUGACGCCCUCAGCACUGUGUUAGCGUGGCCGGCGGCGGCGGUGGUCGACUUAGCCUGCAGUUACGUCCGUGCGGUUCUGGAAGCGGCGGCGCCGGCGACGGCGUCUCGGAAUAUCCACCAGGUUCCGCGGCAGCCAGAAGUCGGGAGGCCGCUGCGGCGGCGUUGCACGCGGCCAGGACGCUGUUGGGGGCGGGGGUGGCCAACCCUUGCUCUCCCACCCCCGAACCACCCUUCUGGAAGAUGCCCCACAAAGAAGAGGACCUGAUGCACGGCGGGGGUGGCGGUCUGGGGGGCGGCUCGAUGGUCGGCCAGAACUCGAUCUUUGGAUGUUCAGCGGCGGGUCACAGCGGAGUUAAUCAACUCGGCGGCGUCUACGUCAACGGAAGGCCUCUGCCCGAUUCGACGAGACAGAAGAUCGUGGAGUUGGCUCAUAGCGGUGCUCGACCCUGCGAUAUAUCGCGGAUUCUCCAGGUCAGCAAUGGCUGCGUAUCGAAAAUACUCGGAAGGUACUACGAGACCGGUUCAAUAAAGCCGCGGGCUAUCGGCGGAAGUAAACCCAGGGUUGCCACCACGCCAGUUGUCAAUAAGAUCGCCGAUUACAAGCGCGAGUGUCCCUCCAUAUUCGCAUGGGAGAUUCGGGACCGGCUACUACAGGAAGGCGUUUGCAACAACGACAACAUACCCAGUGUCUCGUCGAUCAACAGGGUGCUGCGCAACCUCGCUUCCCAAAAGGAGCAGCAAGCGGCGGCGGUCCAGGCCCACCAAGGUGCAGAGAGCGUUUACGACAAGUUGAGAAUGUUCAACGGACAAGCCGCUGGCUGGCCGCCUGCUUGGUACUCGGCCACGCCGCCUCAUCAUCCCCUGGCACCCGGACUUCCAUCUUCAGCCGCUCCCGGAUCCGGUCAAUCCCUUCUGCCGGGAGGUCAGCUCCAUGGACGGGACGAUUCCCUGCUAAAACGGACCGAUACUGGAUCGCUACUCUCUCAUCAACCGGAAAGCACUUCCGACGGUAACUCGGAACACAAUUCAUCCGGAGACGAAGACUCUCAGCUAAGGUUAAGGUUAAAAAGGAAGCUACAACGCAACAGGACAUCUUUCAGCAACGAGCAAAUAGACAGUCUUGAAAAAGAAUUCGAGAGGACGCAUUAUCCGGACGUUUUUGCGCGGGAGCGUCUCGCCGAGAAGAUUGGUUUGCCCGAGGCACGUAUCCAGGUAUGGUUCAGCAAUCGUAGGGCAAAGUGGCGACGGGAAGAGAAACUUCGUAACCAAAGGAGAGCGGCGGUAGACCAGGUUGUCGGCGGUGGUAACGGGGGUGGUAUAAACGGAUCCGCACCACCCGCAGCCACCCCCGCAACCCCCAGACUUCCCCUCAAUGCCGGCUUCAACGCCAUGUACUCAUCCAUACCCCAACCGAUCGCUACGAUGCCCGACACUUACAGCUCGAUGUCCGGAAGUCUGGGCGGGUCGAUGGGCGGAAGUUGCCUCCAGCAAAGAGCGGAGGGUUACCCGGCGUACGUGUUCCACGAGCCACUUCACUCCCUAACGCAAUCCUAUUCGCACGCACAUUCCGCGGCGGCCCACUCGCAACCGCAUCGCGGAAUACCGACCUCCCAUGGGGGAACGCCGACCACCCCUGGGGGACAGCCGGCAGGUCCUGGAGGCGCGACGUAUCAGCCGACGACAUCGACGGCGACCGGCGUGAUAUCGGCGGGAGUUUCGGUGCCGGUUCAGAUACCCUCGCAGACUCCGGACCUCGCCGGCAACUAUUGGCCCCGGCUCCAGUGAUCACAGCUCUUCGGGUUCCCGGCGACGAGUCUCCUCGUCGGCCAGGAGAGCCCGCCGCCACAUCCUCCAGCUGCCCCAGUCCCACGACCGCUGCUCGCAACCCUUGGCCUCGCUGGGCAGCACCCCCAGCACCAUCCUCAUCAGCACCCUCAGCACUCCCAGCACCCUCAGCAUCAGCCAAGUCCGCCGGCAACUACCUCGACACACACGUCCGACGGUAGCGAGUGAGAAACGCGGAGCCGCGGCUACGACCUUCGACCUCCGACCUUCGCGAGAGGCCCGGGUCAACCUGCAGGGUAAACCAAAUAAUAUUUUAAAUACCUACAAUUACUCGACGUUUUUUGCAC